CUGUCCUUCCCUCGGACCCCGCCGCCUCCACCGCCGCCGCCAUGGCCACGCUGCUCCGCAGCAAGCUGUCCAAUGUGGCCACGUCGGUGUCCCACAAGUCCCAGGCCAAGGUGAGCGGCAUGUUCGCCAGGAUGGGAUUCCAGGCGGCCACCGACGAGGAGGCCGUGGGCUUCGCGCACUGCGACGAUCUGGACUUCGAGCACCGGCAGGGCCUGCAGAUGGAUAUCCUCAAAGCCGAGGGCGAGCUCGGGGAUGCCGACGAGGGCGGCGAAGCGCCCGUCGAAGGAGACAUCCAUUACCAGCGUGGUGGUGGCGGCGCGCCCCUGCCACCCUCGCGCUCAAAGGACCAGGCGUUAGAGGCCGGAGGCGAAUUCGGGGGUCAGGACAAGCCCAAGAUCACCGCGUGGGAGGCUGGCUGGAACGUGACCAACGCCAUCCAGGGUAUGUUCGUGCUGGGCCUGCCCUACGCCAUUCUGCACGGCGGUUACCUGGGGCUGUUCCUCAUCAUCUUUGCCGCGGUGGUGUGCUGCUACACUGGCAAGAUCCUCAUCGCGUGCCUGUACGAGGAGAACGAGGACGGCGAGGUGGUGCGCGUGAGGGACUCCUACGUGGCCAUCGCCAACGCGUGCUGCGCCCCGCGCUUCCCCACCUUGGGUGGCCGCGUGGUGAACGUGGCGCAGAUCAUCGAGCUGGUGAUGACAUGCAUCCUGUAUGUGGUGGUGAGCGGUAACCUCAUGUACAACAGCUUCCCAGGCCUGCCGGUGUCGCAGAAGUCCUGGUCCAUCAUCGCCACCGCGGUUCUGCUGCCCUGCGCCUUCUUGAAAAACCUCAAGGCCGUGUCCAAGUUCAGCCUUCUGUGUACUUUGGCUCACUUCGUCAUCAACAUUCUGGUCAUCGCCUACUGCCUCUCGCGGGCCCGUGACUGGGCCUGGGAGAAGGUCAAAUUCUACAUCGACGUCAAGAAGUUCCCCAUCUCCAUCGGCAUCAUCGUGUUCAGCUACACGUCGCAGAUUUUCCUGCCUUCGCUGGAGGGGAACAUGCAGCAGCCCAGCGAGUUCCACUGCAUGAUGAACUGGACGCACAUCGCCGCCUGCGUGCUCAAAGGCCUCUUCGCCCUGGUCGCCUAUCUCACCUGGGCCGAUGAAACCAAGGAGGUCAUCACGGAUAACCUGCCCGGCUCCAUCCGUGCGGUGGUCAACCUCUUCCUGGUGGCCAAGGCGUUGCUGUCCUACCCUCUGCCCUUCUUCGCGGCCGUGGAGGUGCUGGAGAAGUCGCUCUUCCAGGAAGGCACCCGGGCCUUCUUCCCCGCCUGCUACGGGGGUGACGGGCGCCUCAAAUCGUGGGGGUUGACACUGCGCUGCGCGCUCGUGGUCUUCACGCUGCUCAUGGCCAUCUACGUGCCGCACUUUGCGCUUCUCAUGGGCCUCACCGGCAGCCUCACGGGCGCCGGCCUCUGCUUCUUGCUGCCCAGCCUCUUCCACCUGCGCCUGCUGUGGCGCAAGCUGCUGUGGCACCAGGUCUUCUUCGACGUGGCCAUCUUCGUCAUCGGCGGCAUCUGCAGCGUGUCCGGCUUCAUCCACUCGCUGGAGGGGCUCAUCGAAGCCUACCGAACCAACUCGGAGGACUAGAGCGCACGAUGGCCGCGCUCCCGCGCAUCACCCUCUUACCCCGAC